AUGGCUCCUCUGAAAAUAAAGGUUGCCAAGAAUAAGAACUCUACGAAAGUGAUUCAGAAAUCAUUCGAAAGGAGUGAAGAAGACAUUGAGGACUUAGUUUCCGACGGCAGGAAAAGAUUCCAGAGAGAUUUCCCUUUGAUUCUGGAGAUGCGGAAAGGAAACGAUGCGCCCGUUGAUUCUAUUGGAUGCCAUAUGCUUGCAGAUAAGAGCGCGGACCUUGACACUCAACAUUUCCAAACUCUUACGGCUCUGAUAUUGUCUCCUCGAGUCAAGGAUCAACAAACUGCGAUUGCAAUGACCGUAAGUCAGUGUCUGUAUUUGUUUUAAUUAUGGUGUUGUUGUUUUUUUUUUGCUUGUUCAGAAACUGAAAGAACAUUGCCUGACAGUUGAGAACAUUAUAAAGACUCCGGUGGAGGAGAUUCAGAAAAUUAUUUCGUUCAUUGGAUUGGCAAAGACCGUAAGUUUAGCAUAAUUUGUCCAUUAAAAUUUUUUAUUAAUCAUUAAACUUUUCAGAAGGCAGAGAGACUUCAUAAAUGCGCGAAGAUACUACAUGAACAAUAUGACGGCAAAGUCCCUAAUGACUACGAAAAAUUGAUGGCCCUUCCGGGUGUUGGCGACAAGAUUGCCAGUUUGGUUAUGGUAAAUUGCUUCGAUUCGGAUCAAUUCAUUGGUGUUGAUACUCAUGUUCAUCGCAUUGCUAACAUGCUGAAGUGGGUUAAGACCAGAACCCCUAAGGGGACUGAUGAUGCUCUCAAAGAAUUGGUGCCCAGGUAAACGUCUGAAUUCGUAAUAAUGUUUUAGAAGUCAGUGGAGAGCUUUAAAUGUGGCUUUGGUCGGCUUUGGUCAAACUGUAUGCAAGGCGCCACAUCCAAGAUGCGAAAUUUGUCUCCUGAAUACAACAUGUGCCAUGUCCAAGUGCCGUGAGAAGAAAGGUCACUAA